GCGGCGGUAGCAGCGGCAGCGGCAGGAGGCGGCGAGCUUUGAGGACCCGGCGGCGGCGGGGGGAGGAGGGCAGGCGGUGGCGGAGCGGGAGGAGGGGAAGGUGCUGGAGGUGCUCGCUGUCUGCGCGGGACCGGAACACGGCCUCUCUCCCCUCCCCCCGGCUCGCGCUGCCGCGGUGUAGUUGGUGCAGCUGCCCCGGCCGACCCUAAGCGGUGGUGACGGAGGGAGAUGGCCCGGGAGCGCGGGCGCCAGUAACGGGGAGGUGCGGCGAGCCGCCGAGGGCGCGCCAAGUCCUGGUGCCGGGGCUGCCCGCCGCCCGCCCGCCUCCCGCGCGCGCGCCCGCCCGCCUGCCCGCCUGCCUCGCGGCAGCUCUCCCCCUCCCCGACACACACACACACAGCCGGGCAUUGAUGGUAAUGUAUGCGAGGAAACAGCAGAGACUCAGUGAUGGCUGUCACGACCGGAGGGGGGACUCUCAGCCUUUCCAGGGGGGUGAUGUUUUACAGGCACUUAAGUAUUCGUCAAAGAGUCACCCCAAUAGUGGUGAUCACAGACAUGAAAAGAUGCGAGACGCCGCAGAUCCUUCACCACCAAAUAAAAUGUUGCGGAGAUCUGAUAGUCCUGAAAACAAAUACAGUGACAGCACAGGUCACAAUAAGGCCAAAAAUGUGCAUACUCAAAGAGUUAGAGAAAGGGAAGGUGGGACCAGUUACUCGCCACAAGAAAAUUCACACAACCACAGUGCUCUUCAUAGUUCAAAUUCACAAUCUUCUAAUCCAAGCAAUAAUCCAAGCAAAACUUCAGAUGCACCUUAUGAUUCUGCAGAUGACUGGUCUGAGCAUAUUAGCUCUUCUGGAAAAAAAUAUUACUACAAUUGUCGCACAGAAGUUUCACAGUGGGAGAAACCAAAAGAGUGGCUUGAAAGAGAACAGAGACAAAAAGAAGCAAAUAAGUUGGCAGUUAAUAGUUUCCCAAAAGAUAGGGAUUACAGAAGAGAGGUGAUGCAAGCAACAGCCACUAGUGGGUUCACCAGUGGGAUGGAAGACAAGCAUUCCAGCGAUGCCAGUAGUUUGCUCCCACAGAAUAUUUUGUCUCAAACAAGCAGACACAAUGACAAAGACUACAGACUGCCAAGAGCAGAGACUCACAGUAGCUCUACGCCAGUACAGCACCCCAUCAAACCAGUGGUUCAUCCAACCGCUACCCCAAGCACUGUUCCUUCUAGUCCAUUUACGCUUCAGUCUGAUCACCAGCCAAAGAAAUCAUUUGAUGCUAAUGGAGCAUCUACUUUAUCAAAACUGCCUACACCCACAGCUUCUGUCCCUGCACAGAAAACAGAGAGAAAAGAAUCUGCUCCAGGAGACAAAUCAGUAUCACAUUCUUGCACAACUCCUUCCACAUCUUCAGCCUCUGGCCUGAACCCCACAUCUGCACCCCCAACUUCUGCUUCAACAGUACCUGUUUCUCCUGUGCCACAAUCACCAAUACCUCCUUUACUUCAGGACCCAAAUCUUCUUAGACAGUUGCUUCCUGCUUUACAAGCCACGCUACAGCUUAAUAAUUCUAAUGUGGAUAUAUCCAAAAUAAAUGAAGUUCUUACAGCAGCUGUGACACAAGCUUCCCUGCAGUCUAUCAUCCACAAGUUUCUUACUGCUGGACCAUCUGCCUUCAAUAUCACCUCUCUGAUUUCUCAAGCUGCCCAGCUCUCUACACAAGCCCAGCCAUCUAAUCAGUCUCCAAUGUCUCUAACGUCUGAUGCUUCAUCCCCAAGAUCCUAUGUGUCUCCAAGAAUAAGCACACCUCAGACUAACACAGUCCCUAUCAAACCUUUGAUUAGUACUCCACCUGUUUCAUCACAGCCAAAGGUUAGUACUCCAGUAGCUAAGCAAGGACCAGUGUCACAGUCGGCCACACAGCAGCCUAUAACUGCUGACAAGCAGCAGGGUCAUGAGCCUGUCUCUCCUCGAAGUCUUCAGCGCUUAAGCAGCCAGAGAAGUCCAUCACCUGGUCCAAAUCAUACUUCCAGUAGUAAUGCAUCAAAUGCAACAGUUGUACCACAGAAUACAUCUGCUCGGCCUGCGUGUUCAUUAACACCUACACUAGCAGCACACUUCAAUGAUAAUCUCAUAAAACAUGUUCAAGGGUGGCCUGCGGACCAUGCAGAGAAACAGGCAUCAAGAUUGCGUGAAGAAGCCCAUAAUAUGGGAAGUGUUCACAUGUCAGAAAUAUGUACUGAAUUAAAAAAUUUGAGAUCUUUAGUUCGAGUAUGUGAAAUUCAAGCAACUUUGCGAGAGCAGAGGAUACUGUUUUUGAGACAACAAAUAAAGGAACUUGAAAAGCUGAAAAAUCAGAAUUCCUUCAUGGUUUGAAGAUGUGAAUAAUUGCACAUGAUAUCCUAUAGGAACUGUAAAUCUCUUGCCCAGUCAUAACGUUUUGAGCUGCAUUAAGUGGACCGCUAAGCUGGGCAAAUGAAAUAACAAGGGGACGGGGAUCUGUGAGAGUCAAUUCAGGGGAAAGAUACAAGAUUGAUUUGUAAAACCCUUGAAAUGUAGAUUUCUUGUAGAUGUAUCUUCACGUUGUAAAUAUGUUUUGUAGAGUGAAGCCAUGGGAAGCCAUGUGUAACAGAGCUUAGACAUCCAAAACUAAUCAAUGCUGAGGUGGCUAAAUACCUAGCCUUUUACAUGAGAACCUGUCUGCAAAAUUAGCUUUUUUUAAAAAAAAAAAAAAGAAAAAAUCUGGGGGGUUAAUUUAUCAUUCAUAAAUCUUGCAUUUUCAAAAAUCCAGUGCAAGCGCCAGGCGAUCUGUGUCUAAGGAUACAAUUUUGAGCAGUGUACAAAUAUCAUGAGACAACUGUUCCACACUUGGACCUGAUCAGGAGCAGUGCUGCUCAUUUGUUUUGCAAAGAAAUGUUUUCGUUAUCUGUAUGUUCCAUUCCCUCUGAAGUUCUUGGCCUGAUUUUAUCCAUUUUUUUAAGGUGCCCCUUCUCUUUUCUUAGGGCACUGUUGCUGUGGCACUUUUCUAUAACCUUCUCAUUCCUGUGUACAGUAGCUGGAAGUUGCAGUGAUUGAGCAUAACCCACAUGUUUGUAUAAAUUAUUGAAAUCCAUUUGCACCCUGUAAGAAUGGACUUAAAAGUAUUGCUGGGCAAGUGUGCUGAAAGUACAUUGACGGCUCAAAUAUAAGGAAGUGGCCCAAUGAACGUGGUUGUGGGAGGGGAAAAGGAAGCAAAGCUAGUCAGAUGUGAAUUGUAUCUGUUGUAAUAAACAUGUUUAAACAAAUAAAUUUUGUUACUUUCUUUUCCUUCGGUCAGUGCAUAUUAGAAUUUGGACUACAUGGGGAACCUUUAUCAUAACUAUUCUUGUUGAAUAUUUAUAUCUUAUUACAGUUAUUCCUAAAAGGGAGGUUUUGUUUAAAUCAUAUUAACAAUAAAUUGUGGAAAAUAUGUUUAAUGAAUGUGAAAUUCAACAAGAAUGAUGAAGUCACUUCCCAAGUGGUGUCAUUUGUUCAAGCUGGUUUACUGGUCUUGCUGUUAUGGCAUUUCAUUUUGAAGGAUGUUUGCGUUGUAGUUAACUCUUCCAAGUCUGGUGCUGCUUUUUCUUAGCCAUCACAAAAUGCUCAGUUUGUAUAAUCGGAGUUUCCUGCUGUUACACAGAAAUUGUGGGAAAGCUCAGCUUUGUAUAUUGUUUCCUAAAGUAUUUUAAAAUAAAAAAAAAGAAACCAUUGCUACUAUAAAACUACCUUGUGUCUGCCCCUCCCCCCGUUUGCUUAAAAAUGUCAGUCACAUGGCCUUAGCAUGACACUGCCAGUGUUGUACCAAAUCACAGGAGCUUUUGUAUUCAGACACGUCUUUUAAACUCAAAAUUGUAACUUCUGACUUAAGGGGAUUUUCUGUUUGUUUGCCAUUGUUGGUACGCUGUGUGCUUCCAGAUCUAUCAUCACCAAAGGCUGAAUUUUGUUUUGCUCCAAAAUCAAUGUUGACUUUCUGAAAUACUUCUAAAAAUUACUUUUGGCUUUGACUAGAUUCAUUUAAUUAUAUUUAAGCUAUGGGAGGUAAUAUUGAAACUCUAACUUUACCAGCAAAUCUUAAAAGUAUUGGUGUUUGCUAACACACAUGCUAUGGUAUGGUGGAGAGGAGGGAUACUUUACCUUAGAAGCUAACUUGCUCUUGUUACAAGUACUUUUUAAAUAUCAAGAAGAGAGCAUUGUCAGGAGUUACAAUGAAAUGUUCAUACCUGUGGAGGUUUUUACCGUCUGCUGAAUUGUGCGCAUAUGUGUAAAUAGAGUCCUGAAGAACUAUGUCAAGCUAAAACCCAGAAUUUGCUUUUGUGGUCAGGUAUAGCUUAACUUGUGAGUUGCAUAAAUGAUUUUUGUUGUCAAUACUCCCUUUAUUAUGUCACUUUAUUCCUGUUUAAAAUUUACAGCCUUUGGUGGGUUAGUUAAGUAUAUUAGAAAAAAAAAAUGCUUAAUUUUCAGUAUCUUGUAGAAAUACUUUCUAAUUGUUCCAAUUGUAUUUUUGUUGUAAAAUAUUGAACUUUAAUACACAUGCUGUGCCUAGCUCCUCUUCUGAGGUGACUAAGGCAUAGCUGUUAGAGCAGGUGCAGUGUAUCCCAGGUUAUCCUUAGUUGCCAUCAAUUUGAACAUGUAACCUGGUCUAAAGAAUUUGAAAACUAGAAAUUCUGGAUAGCUCUAGAAGACAUCCCCCCCCCAUUUAAAAAGUAAAUAUUUAAACUUUGUAGCUACUGUCACCACAUGGAUGAAGAUAAAGCUGUUAGAAAAUCAUCCUCUGAAGAGAACUGGCAUCUCUAUUUUUUUUUUUUCUAUUUAGUCUUACCUUGGUUUCCAAACUUGGGGCUGUAAAUUUAAAAGUAAUAUGUAAGCACACAGACUACUUUUUUUUUUUUUUUUUUUUUUUUUUUUUUGUAAGAGUCCCUAAGUGGGCGACUAUUGUUUCAUGCUUGUUUGUAAAAUAAUCUUAGGGAGGAGAGGCUUUUCAAAAAAAGCAAAUGAGUUUGCUUUUUUUUUUCAUUCCAUGUUCUGUUUAUCAAUACCUUAGCUCUACAGGGAACAUGCAGGAAAGACUAUUUACUCUGCCUACCAGAGUCUUGCAGUUCCUACUUCAAGCUACUGUAAUUAGGUGCUGGGUUUAAGUAUCCAGAUUUCUUUUCAACACCUGUAAAUAUGGCUUUAUUCUUGUAUUUGUACAGAAGUAUACAAAAUGAUGCUAAAAAGUAAUAAAAAAUGUUUUGACUCUA